AUGAAGACCUUUGCACCCAUGGACGCACUUGUGGCAGGUCGCAAAGCUGCUGUCGCCACAGGGGAGGCAGUCCGCUCCCUACGAGUGACCGAUCCGGAGCAGCUCGUCAUCGCAAAGAUCAACGAAGCCGAGGGCAACUUCCGUCAGCCGCUCGAGGAGGUCUUUCCUUACCGCAUCCAGCCGCGCGACUUUGCCAUUUACCAGAAGGGCAGCUCGACUGUCGCACUCAACAAGCUCGACUACUCACCCGGCGACCACAGCGCCAUCGUCGACCUCAGCAUAGCCAGUGAGGGCCAACCUAGACUCGCUGCAUGUCUGACAGAGGCAGCUAUUUUGCAACGCUUGGAUCGCUUGGAGAUGAGGGUCAAUAAGACAAUGGUGAGCGAGUUUAUGCUGGCAUGUGAUCUCGAGACGGCGACCAAGGCCUGCACAGAAUUUCUCCAGAUACAUGGACUGGGCUUGAAAGAGCGUAGUACUGCGUUCAAGCAAGGCUCUUUGGCGGGUAAGACCGGCCACGGCCUUGGCAAGUACUUGGGAAAGGUCUUCGAGAUCGAGAAGCAGCAUGCGAAUAAGCGGAAGACUUCACUCGAGCUCGAGACGCCACCCCAUCGCCCGAAGCCCACGCUCGACCAGAAGCUCACUCUGGACCAGAAGCCCAAGGAAGAGAAGCGCACUGCACUCAACGCUAUCAAGCAGGGCCGUGUCACGAAGCCAAACCCCAAUAUAUUCGGCAAGAGGACUGGUAAGGAGGUCAGGGCGAACGAGAAGUACGCCGCGCAGGUGCGGGAGGAGAGGAGCCAACGACAAGGUUAG